AUGGAUGUGCCACUAGGAUGGGGAUCUUCUCUCAGUCGCGCGAGCCACGACGCUGUCCAGAUACAUGACCCCAUGGAUGCCGCAGUGGCCGUGAUGCUCCUGUUUGGUGUCGUCACGUUGCCGCCACUCGUGGGUAUCCGCACCAUGUACACCAACUGCUGGUUCGUCUUCACUGCCGUCGCUCACGUGUUGGCGUCCGAGUCAGCGCUGGGGAUCGCGACGUCCAUGGGCAUCACCAUUAUGGUUGGCUGGUACUCGCUGCGAGUAUUCGACCGCUACGCCUUCACGGCGAUUCUCAAUGGCUGGCUGGGGGUCUGGACCAGUUCGCCGGUCUUGGGCGUCGCAGCUCGUGUCGGAGACUUUGUGCUCCAUCUCCUGGUGCCAAUGCUGCUCGUGUCGUGCUACCUGCCCCUUGUUCGCGUGUGGAUGAGCGUUCCUGCUUUAGUAUCUUCGCGACUGUGGAGUCACUUUGUGGUUGGAGGAGGACUCUUCCCUAAAGCCGAUCACAUCUACCGAUUCUCGCCGCCCCGUUCGCAGCGCUUUUGGAACGCUGCUUACAAGAUGGAGCUCAUGUUGAACGUGCUCGUCCCUCUCUUCUGCGUGCUGGCACACCAGAGAUCCUUCUGGGUGUAUGCUGCCACGGCCAUUGCGGGGGCUGUUCUGUUCUGUCUGCAACUGAUUCGGUCGCUGUUGUUGCCCAAGCUGCGAAAGAAUGCCAAGACCAUCAUGUGUCGUCUGCUCUCCAGCGGCGGGAUCCGACCGAAUGUGGACUUUGUCGUUCGAAACGACUCCUUUUGGCUAGAUUGGAUGAGCGAGGGGCUCGUGGCUAUCGGUGAAUCCUAUGUGGGCUCUCUGUGGGCGACAAGUUCUGCCCGUACGUUAGACGAUUUGGUUGCUGGUUUUUUGACCAUCCCGAUGGAGGGCAGGCAGGACAUGUAUCGAUCCUGGAGCGCUCGGUUUGUAGCUCUGGCAGCUCGCUUGUUCAACUAUCCACCUUCAUCAAUGGGCCUUGUUGUUGGUGCCGUGUCGGAGCAAUUUGACCUCUGCCCCGAGUUUCGACAAGCUUACAUGGACCGAUACUUGCACCAAGGCUUCGGGAUGUGGACUCCGGGGACAACCACGAUUCACGUUGCUCAAUCCAACAAGCUUGCGAGCUUGGACCGGCUGCUCGACAUCCGGGCUGGCCACACCGUCUUGGAUAUCAGCAUCGGAUCAUGGGGAGGAGUGGGCUGUUACCUCGCUCAACAACACCCGGUCGCCACUGUCGUAUGCGUGUUGUCCUCGAUUCAAGAACUAGCGCGCGCGAAGAAAUUCGCCCGUGAGCUUGACGUCUUCAGUCGAAUGGAAUUCGUGCUCACAGAGACACCCGAACAGCUACUGUCACUUUUGGGUGGCUACCGUACGUCCAAGUUCGAUCGCAUCACACUGUGCGGCGUGAUCGAAACUGUACCGGACACGCAGCGAACGCGAUUGCUACAAGCGCUAAAGCACAUGCAGACCGCAAACGGCACGACUUUGCUGGAGUUGAGCGUGUGCACAGCUGCGAACAUGACGACCCACGCCUGGACGAACAAGUAUGUACAUAGUGCAUUCCCGUGCUACGCAAUCACAUUGCCACGCAUGCGGCGGUUAGCUCGAGAGACGGGGUUUACACUGCACGACACUCUUGGCUACUCGGAGCACUAUGAGCGCACGUUCCUUGAGUGGAACCGCCGCUUCCAAGCGCAAUGGGGCCACGACGCAGCACCGCGUUCACUUGGCCAAGCCGCGGCAACUGACCCAACGUCUCCACUGCAGCAAAUGCCGUCUCUUCCGGAGUCGUUUAAACGGACGUGGGAAUUCUAUUUGCUGCACGCUGCCGCUUGCUAUCGAUCCGGAGCACUUCAAGUGUUCCAGGUCCGAAUGAGCUAA